AUGCCCCCAAAGAAUAAUCAGACCAUCGGCGGGACCCAAAACGAUUCAGGUAUCGAGAUGGAGGAUACCGUUUCUACAGCGGACUAUAUCCACAUAAAGGGCCAGGUGGAAAAUAUCAAGCAGAAGCGGAAUGCCAAGAGAGAGUCACAAGAAGCCAGCUUGAAGGCGGCAGCCCGUGAGCUUCACGCUCGCAUCGAGGAACAAGGUGCGGUUCGCUCCAAAGAAAUCGAGAUGGCCCAAAGUCAGCGAGUUACAAGUCUCACUCGCGCAAUGGAGAAGCGAUAUGAGCUCGAGAAGGCAAUCGCUGCCAAGCUUGAGGAGUCGCAGCGCGAAUUCGCAAAUCUGACGAAUUUGAUUGAGUCGGUCUAUGACGGCCGGCUAGAAGAGUUGCGCAAAGCCACCCUAGCACCACCGCAGGUGCCUCAUGAUGAACGCGUGGAGCACGAUUCUUGA